ACAGACGCCAGAUAUUUCGUAACGCAGUCAUUCGUUGGAAACGCUCUGAUCCAAUUUACGAAACUCUUCAUCCGACUCGUUGAACCCGACAUGGCACGUACGAAGCAGACUGCUCGCAAAUCCACCGGCGGUAAGGCGCCCAGGAAGCAGCUGGCGACGAAGGCAGCUCGCAAGAGUGCACCAGCAACUGGAGGAGUGAAGAAGCCGCAUCGUUACCGCCCGGGAACCGUUGCCCUUCGUGAAAUUCGUCGUUACCAGAAGAGCACCGAACUCCUUAUCCGCAAGCUGCCCUUCCAGCGUUUGGUGCGUGAGAUUGCGCAGGACUUCAAAACCGAUCUUCGAUUCCAGAGUUCUGCUGUCAUGGCUCUCCAGGAAGCUAGCGAGGCUUACCUGGUCGGUCUGUUCGAGGAUACGAACCUGUGCGCCAUCCACGCCAAACGAGUCACGAUCAUGCCCAAAGACAUUCAGCUGGCUCGUCGUAUUCGAGGCGAACGUGCAUAAUUUGCAACGAUUACUUUGCGACAACCACAACCGGCUCUUUUCAGGGCCACCAUUUACCCUAUUCGCAAGGCAUCGAAUUACACUGUCGAGCUGUUGAACUUCAAAUACUUUGCAACGUCAUUGGUAAAGAUAGUGAAACCAGGUUAUUCAUCUCUCGGAACCUUGAUACGAGUUUUUCAAUAACAGUCAAUCUAUAUUCGUUGUUGGAUUACAAAAUACUAGCGAAGAAUACAACUUUGUACCUGAACACUGGUUCAAUGAAAUACGUACUGUGUUAUCAAUC